AUGCUAAAAAGAAAAAGCGAAGGUGGUACUAUCGGCUUGUCAAAUAAACCUACUCCAAGUCCUAAACUACAUGUUCAAUUUCGAAGUCCUAUUGUCAAAGAGAAAGAGAAUGAAGAGAAAAAUGGUAGACGAAAACGAAAAGCUAAAGAGUUUGUCUGUCCUUUCGAAGCAUCUCGAGAAGAAUUGAUGGAUCCCUUACGUUUCAAGCAUGUGAGGAUUAUAACUGAAACAUGGUUCAAAGAGAGUGAAUCGCAUGAUGCAAUUAUCACAAAACUUCUAUCAAAAGCAUUCGUUCUUCCCGUGUCAGGCUAUGCAUAUUCUGGACGAGCAUUAGGCUUGGGGAAGAGUAAAGUUCGGGUAGCCCUUUUCGAUCCAUAUGCAGAAAAUGCUGUUGUCCUCUUUGUGCCUCCUCCUAUGACAGCCCAUGAGGAGUUACAUGCUAAGAAAGAGGAUAAAUUGGUGCAUGUUGUUGUGGAUCCCGUGGUCGGAGGCAUACUUCGACCUCAUCAGAGGGAUGGUGUAAAGUUUAUGUAUGAUUGUGUGACAGGUGUAAACAUUCAAGACUUCCACGGAUGCAUCAUGGCCGACGAAAUGGGUUUGGGAAAAACGUUGCAAUGCAUUACCCUUUUAUGGACAUUAAUCCGUCAGAGCCCUGAAUGCAAACCCACAUGCUCCAAGAUUGUAAUAGUGUGCCCAAGUAGUUUAGUAAAGAAUUGGGAUAAAGAAAUUAAAAAGUGGUUGGGAUCACGAUUAAAUGUAUUAGCUAUGGAUGGUGGCAAGAAAGAAGAUAUUAUAAAAUCUUUAACUGCAUAUAUGGCCGACGCCAGGAUAAGGGCUGGCAGUCCAGUUUUGGUGAUCUCUUACGAGACUUUUCGCUUAUAUGCCGACAUCUUGCAUUCUUCCAACAUUGGAAUGGUUAUAUGUGAUGAGGGGCAUAGGUUGAAAAAUAGCGACAAUUUGACUUAUCAAGCUUUAAGUGGUAUGAAAUGUGUAAGAAGAGUAUUGAUCUCCGGAACACCGAUUCAGAAUGAUCUUUUAGAAUAUUACAGUCUGGUUAACUUCGUCAAUCCUGGUCUGCUGGGCUCAGCACAAGAAUUCAAAAAACGCUUUGAGAAUCCUAUUCUGAGAGGAAGAGAUGGAAGUGCUACGGAUGUACAGCAAAAACUUGGUGAAGAAAAAACAAAGGAAAUGGUUUCACUUGUGGAAAAGUGCAUAAUUCGCCGGACAAGUGCUCUCUUAACCAAAUACUUGCCGCUUAAAUACGAGUUCAUCAUUUGCUGUAAAAAUACCGAACUACAAGACCAACUGUACAAUAAGUUGAUCGAAAUCGAAAAACGAUUGCGAUCCAAAGAAAAUAAAGAAAGAGAUAGUGAAGGGGGAGCUUCUGCUCUUUCUUUCAUCACUCACUUAAAGAAGCUUUGUAAUCAUCCAUAUCUCAUCUAUGAGGAAGUGCAAAAGGAUACAAAUCGUUUCAAAGAAACACGUUCGAUGUUUCCUUCUUCGUUCGGAACCAAGAAAUGCGAUCCUGUGUUCUCGGGGAAAAUGAAAGUUUUGGAUUAUAUACUCGCAGUGACACGGAAAACAACUACUGAUAAGUUUGUUCUAAUCUCUAAUUACACUCAAACUAUGGACCAGUUCGUUGAGCUUUGUCGACUACGUGGGUACGGCUAUGUCCGAUUAGAUGGUUCUAUGUCAAUCAAGAAGAGAGGACAAAUUGUUGACCGUUUCAAUGACCCCGAGAGUACAGAGUUCUGUUUCUUACUCUCCAGUAAAGCAGGAGGAUGUGGUUUGAAUCUCAUCGGAGCCAACAGGCUUGUUAUGUUCGAUCCUGACUGGAAUCCAGCCAAUGACGACCAAGCCAUGGCAAGAGUUUGGAGAGACGGACAGAAAAAAACAUGCUUCAUCUAUCGUUUAUUGUCCACAGGUUCUAUCGAAGAGAAGAUGUUCCAACGGCAAACGCAUAAAAAGGCUUUAUCAUCAUGUAUCAUUGAUGCCGGAGAAGAUGUCGCUAGACAUUUCAGCUCUGAUCAGUUGAAGGAAUUGUUCAAAUUAGAAAGUAACGUAGCAUCAGAUACUCAUGAGAGAUUGAAAUGCAAACGUUGCAUAAAUGGAGUAGAGAGUAUAGAUCCUCCAGAGGACACAGAUUGUUCAGCAGAUUUAUCAUUAUGGCACCACAGUCAAAAAGAUCCCAGGAAGUUGCCUGAUCCUGUUUUGAGAUCAGUCUUUGACUGUGGCGCUCUUUCAUUCGUUUUUCAUCAAAAGUCACAUAAAGUUGAAGUGCAGAAAGCGAUGGAGAAGGAGAAGAAGUUGAAGGAAAGAGCAGCAAAGGAAGAUCCGGAAUAUAACCCUGAGGAAGAGGAGGAUGAAUAG